CCCUGGUGACUGAUCAUGAGCCCCUGUUGGCUCUGAAGAAGUCGAAGGAUUACUCGGGCAUGAUCGGGCGAUGGGCAACGGUGCUGCAGAGUAUGGACUUUGACAUUCCUAAUCGAAAACACGAGAAACACGAAAAUGCGGACGGACUGACACGAUUGCACCGGCCUGAGAAGGUUCCAAAGGGUGAGGAGGUAAUUCCGUGGAACGAACCCGAACAGGAGAUCGGACCUCCGUACGGCCAAGUGGAGAUCUUAUCGAAGCAAGUACAGGUGACGUGGACGGGCACUAGUGAGCAUCCCACGUGGGUCGAGAAUCCGCAGCUGCUGAUCAUACAGCCUUGGAGGACUAACGUGGAAGGAGAUCUUCUUGGCCUUCUCUUCGGAUCGGUACGGCCAGGUCGACGCCACCUGAUUGCGCAGGAGCUUAUCGCACCGAUCGUGCAAUUGGCAGACGAUCUCUCGCCCGACAUCUAUUUUCAGAGUGACGACAGUCCUACUCCGUACAUUUUCGAGCGAUCAUUGGAUCCGUACCUUCAGUGGACCGCGUGCUUGGAGGAACCUAGGGACGAGGAUACCCUACCAUCGUGGCAGGAGUAUCUGAAGCCGUACGAGAUCAUCCCUCACACCUUCUAUCCGAGGGCAGAGGAAGUGGUGAUCGACGAUGACGACGACGAAGAAGAAGACGACGACGAGGAAACAUCGGAGGAGGGAAGCUAUAGUGAACAUAGCGAGGGCGAGCUGAGCGAAGGAGAAGAGGAGGAAGAAGAAACCGGAUCCGAGUGGGAAGCCUUGCCAGCGGAAGCGACGCGUACGGGAACGGAGGCGGAAGAUCCGCAAGCAGCAUGAAAGCGCGAAGAAAUUGCCACCGGGAAGC